AUGGAGGCGGAGGCGGACUCUGGCGGGCUGCUCGCCCGGACGUCCCGCGCGCUCCUGUCCGGCGGAGAGGGCGGGCACCCCUUCACGUUCUACCAAGUGCUCAUCCUGGUCGGAUUCCUCUCCGCGAUCUGGGCUGUCACGGCGCUCCUGAAACGCACGUUCAUGCCGCCCCUGCUCGGACACAUCCUAGUAGGCAUCAUCAUGGGCCCCGAGGUCCUCAACGUCUUCGAGGAGCCGCUGCGGCAGGGCGUCAUCGCCAUGAUAGGCGAACUCGGCCUCUGGCUCCUCGUCCUGUACGCCGGCCUCGAAAUCGACACCCACAUGCUGCUCCAAAUUGGCGGGUCGGCGCUGGCGAUUGCGGUGACGGGCGUGGCCGGGUCGGUCGGGUUCGCGAUGGCGGUCGGGUUCGCGCUCGGGAUGGAGGCGACGGCGGCGACGGCGGCCGCGAUCGUCAUCGCGCCGUCCUCGCUUGCGGUGGUGUCGGCGGUGCUCAGCGGCGCGGGCAUGAUGAACAACCCCACCGGGCAGCAGCUCGUGACGGCGGCGGCGUACGACGACGUGAUCGCGCUCGUGCUGCUCUCGGAGCUCGCCGCGCUCGUCGAGCCGGACGUCGAGACCAUCCUGGUGCCCAUCGUAUCGGCGGCGGUGGCCGUGGCGGUCCUGGGCUACCUCGCGAUCUUCAAGGUGCCGCACUGGCUGGCCAAGUACGUGCUGCCGCGGAUCCCGGAGCAGCACGUCGAGUCGUUCACCAUCUGCCUCAUGUUCUCCACCGCUGUCGGGCUCGCAACACUCCUCCAGGCCGUCAAAGCCAGCCAGUACCUGGGGAUCUUCCUGACGGGCGUGACCUUCUCGAGCCUCGACUCCAUGGAGCACAUCUGGCACCACAAGGUCAAGCCCGUGGCCGACUGGGUCAUCGCCAUCUUCUUCGCCGCCACCGUGGGCUUCGAGAUUCCCAUCCGGGCCUUCGGGAACGCCUCGACGGUCCUCAAGGGGCUCGCCUUCUUCGGCGGCGUGUUCGGGAAGCUCCUGACGGGCAUCUGGGCCAAGCCGCGGCGCACGGAGUGGUACAAGGUCGGGCUGGCAAUGAUGGCCAUGGGGGAGUUUUCGUUCGUCAUCGGCGUGGAGGCGCGCUCGCUGGGCCUGCUCAGCGAGGACCAGGAGGCCGAGAUCCUCCUCGCGACGCUCCUCGCGAUCAUCUUCCCGCCGGUCAUCCUGGCGUUUGCCCUGCAGCGCAGCGAGCGCAAGCUGGCGUCGCGGCUGGCGGAGGCGACCAAGGCGGUGGACGAGGACGGCGGCGCGUCGAACGAGCACGUGUACUACCGCUUCAACAUGCGCGUGGUCUCGCGCCCGGCGCUGCUCGACGCGGUCCUGUCGAAGCUGCACGCGUGGAAGAUGGAGAUCCUCGAUGUCCGCGUCAAGUACGAGGGGGCUCUGACGGUCGUGGAGGCGUACGCGCAGGACGACGGCCUCCUGAUCGACCGGAACGACCCCGAGUCCGCGGCGUCGCAGCUCGGCGGCCGCGUCAAGGGUCUGCUGGAGUCGUUCGCCGCCGUGAUCGCGCACGACCCGCGCGCCGAGGCCGGGACCGCGAGCGCGGCGCUGCGCACCGAGCAGCGACAGCGCGCGCUGCUGAACGUGCUCACCGCCGAGGCGGAGGCCGCCGGCAAGAAGGCGCCGUGGGGCACGUGGCCGGUGACGCUCCCGCUGUCCGACGUGGAGCUCGACGAGCUGCUGGUCGACCUGCGCGGCGUGUCGCUCGUCCGCUGGCUCCCGCUGCCGGACGACGAGGAGGAGGACGACGAGUUCGACGUCCACGGGGAGCCGGGCGCGCGGCGUGACGGAACGGGCCCCGGGGCGGACAAGGCGCACGGGGUGACGAGCACGACGUCGCUGCUGCGGCGCGCGAGCAUGCGGUACGGCCGCCGGUCGGUGGACGGCCCGCGGCAGCCGGUUCCCCCGCCACAGCAGCACAGCACACUGGGGAUCCCAGCCACCAAGUCGGGCAAGCAGCCGGCGGCCGCGCCGGACCUGCCCGCGGACCUGAAGGACAAGCCGUGGGAGGAGAUCGCGCUGGCGCUGGUCGGGCAGCUCACGGCGGAGCAGGAGGGCGGGGGGCAGGGCGCGGCGCCCGUGCCGCCGGGCGGCGAGGACGCCGGCGCGCGCGCGUCGCUGCAGCUGUCGCGCAUGUCGGCGCCGCUCGCCGGGAUCUCGCAGGUCCACCAGGACGCCGUCGGCGCGCUCCUGGACCUCCCCGCGGGGCAAGACGGCAUGCGCACGGCGUACCGCAUCGCGGCGGACCUGUACUACCAGAACGCGCGCAACCGCGAGCAGGAGCGCAGGGACGCCGCGGCGCGGGAGAACCGCCGCAUGAACGACAUGGCGGGCCCCGUGCGCAAGGGCCAGACGAUCAAGCGCAUGUCGCAAGGCAUGCGCAACACAGCGUAUAUGCGACGGAGCAGCGCCGCGGACGAAGAGGUGGUCCCGCCGACGUCCACGCCCGGGCAGAUCCCGUCCGGUACGGCAGGGAACUCGCUGCAGAACGCAGCUGCGCAGGGCGGGGCGCACCGGCCGAAUUUGUCGCGGCCGAGUCUGCGCACGCGCGGGGCGCGGUCGCGCGUGGCGCGGUGGGUCGGGGCGCAGCUGGGGUCGACGGGGUCGGCGCUGCCGCGGACGCUCGAGGAGGGCGCGCCGACGACGCAGCACGCGGAGGGGGCGACCGAGCAGCAGGCGGCCAUGGAGGUGAAGGACAGCAGCGAGAGCUCGCCGCCGAGCGCCAAGGACGGCAAGGACGGCGCGGGCGACGGGAACCGCGUGUAG